AUGGGCGUCAACGCCGAGCGUGAUGAGAACAACCUACCGCUAGACUGCGAAUCGCCGCCUGUCAUGCCUCAGCAGCUGCUCAGGCUGUGUCUCUCCAACUCCAUUCAGGACGUGAUCAACGAGUACUGCUGCCGCCUCGAAACGUUCUGGACGCCCGAGCAAGCUGAGGAGAUCGAAGCGAACCAUCGAGACCUGAUCAAGUUGUACCGCGGCGACGAUGCCAAGCAGAACGCGAUCGACAAGCACGACAUCAACACGCUGUUCAAUGACGCCUGGGACUGUGUGUCUCGUUUGAAGCAACUUCCCGCAUUAUGUGGCGGUCUCGAGACCAUCUUCCCGAAUGCGACGUCGGUCGAAAGUGAUUUCUCGAUCUCGCACCUACGACUGGUAACUCUUUCUACGUACUUGUAA